CUAAAAAUUGGAUCUCGAGUUAUUGUGGGAACUAAACACCCCCACACUGGUACACUCCGUUUCAUAGGGACAGUCCAUUUUAAAAGAGGAUUCUGGUGCGGGGUCGAACUUGACGACGAAACGGGCUUGCACGAUGGUUUGGUAUCGGGGGUGAGAUAUUUUACGUGCCCCCCUAAGAAAGGGCUUUUCGCUCCCCUCUCGAAAAUC